AUGUCCAAGAAGCGCCCCUCGACCGAGGAGGCCGGCGUGCCCCAGACGCCGGCGUCGAAGAUCAUCAAAACUGAGCAUGCACCGAACACCCCGCUCACCGGCCACACCUUCACCAAGGAGCUGAAGGAGUGGGAGCGGCCGGCCGUCACGGAGGGCGCCCUCAACCCGGAUAAGGACUCCCUGAUCCUCAUGCAAAUGGAUGCCGACCACACGGUCGACAACGAGGGCAAUCCCCUGGUGCGGUUCUUCGGCAUCACCGAGGCCGGCAACAGCGUCCUGGUGUUCGUGCACCACUUCCACAUGUACCUCUAUGUGCCCUGCCCGGCGAACAUCACCCCCGAGAAGGAUAACCUGGAAAAGAUCUUCGGCUACCAGGGCGGCGUUCUGGCCGACUUCCUCAAGAUCUCAGUCAGCCAUCCGCGCUUCAUCUCGCCCCUCCGUCGCGCCUUGGAGAAUGGGGUCUCCCUCGGAGCAACCGGACCCUUCCUCGAGUUCCCUGGCGUGUUUGAGGCCAACAUCGAGUAUGUCCUGCGCUAUAUGAUCGACAAGGGUAUCGGCGGCUCGAGCUGGAUCGAACUGCCCCCGGGCAAGUACUACCUCCGGCCGCCGCACGAGCGCGUGUCCACCUCCCAGAUUGAGGCUGAUAUCUCAUGGAACGAUGUCAUCGCUCACCAGCCCGAGUCCGACCCGCGGUGGUCCUCGAUCGCUCCCCUGCGUACUCUUUCCUUCGAUAUCGAGUGCGCCGGGCGUAAGGGCAUUUUCCCCGAGCCCGAUCACGACCCGGUGAUUCAGAUCGGCUGUGUUGUCAAUGUCGUCGGCAUGCCUCGGUCGCUGAUGCGCUGCGUCCUGACACUGGGCUCGUGCGCACCGAUCGGUGGCGCGCACGUCUUCUCCUUCGAGACGGAGCGCGAGCUGCUGAUGGCUUUCCGCGACCUGAUCAUCUCUACGGACCCCGACAUUUUGACGGGCUACAAUAUUGUCAAUUUCGACUUGCCCUAUCUGUUGGACCGUGCCAAGCACCUGAAGCUGGCUGGCUUCUCGCUGAUCGGACGCAUUCUCAGUACGUGGGCUGCGCCAGCCGGUGCGCCGGCCGUUCCCCCCCGGCCCUCGGCCCUCCUCCUCCUCCUCCUCCUCCUCCUCCUCCUCGGCCCCGGGCCCCGGGCCCCACCUCGCAGGUCCCUGUACCCCUCGAUCAUGAUGGCGCACAACCUGUGCUACUCGACGCUCACCUCCUUCAGCGACGCGCAGAAGUUCGGCCUGCGCGAGGACCAGUACAUUCGGACCCCCUCCCAGGACUACUUCGUCACCAAGGACACGUAUCGGGGGCUACUGCCGGAGAUUCUGGAGGACCUGAUUUCCGCCCGGAAGAAGGCUCGCGCCGAGCUGAAGAACGAAGCGGACCCCUUCCGCCGAGCGGUGCUCGACGGCCGGCAGCUGGCGCUCAAGAUCUCGGCCAAUUCGGUGUACGGGUUCACCGGGGCCACGGUCGGCCGGCUGCCCUGCCUGCAGAUCUCCUCCUCGGUGACGGCCUUCGGCCGGCAGAUGAUCGACAUGACCAAGAACCAUGUGGAGAGCCACUUCACCCGGGCCAAUGGCUAUGAGCAUGAUGCGCGGGUCAUCUACGGUGACACCGACUCGGUCAUGGUGAUGUUCGGCACGGAGGAGGUCGGCGAGGCCAUGCGCCUGGGCCGCGAGGCGGCCGACCUGGUCACGCAGACCUUCAUCCGGCCCAUCCACCUGGACUUCGAGAAGGUGUACUACCCGUACUUGCUCAUCAACAAGAAGCGCUAUGCCGGGCUGUACUGGACCAACCCGAAGGACUUCGACAAGAUGGAGUGCAAGGGCAUCGAGACCGUGCGCCGUGACAAUUGCCCGCUGGCCAAAUCCAUGGUUGAUACCUGCUUGCGAAAGCUGCUGAUCGAGCGCGAUCAGCAGGGGGCCAUCGACUAUGCCAAGCAGAUGAUCUCGGACCUGUUGAUGAAUCGCAUCGACAUGUCGCAGCUGGUCAUCUCCAAGAGCCUCAGCAAGUCCGGCGAGGACUACGCCGCCAAGCAGGCGCACGUGGAGCUGGCCGAGAAGAUGCGCAAGCGUGACCCGGCCACGGCCCCGGUGCUGGGUGACCGCGUGCCAUAUGUCAUUAUCAAGGGCGCCAAGGGCGUUCCCGCUUACGAGAAAGCGGAGGAUCCGCUCUACGUCCUGGAGAACAACCUGCCCAUCGACGCGCAGUACUACCUGGAGAACCAGCUGUCCAAGCCGCUGAUGCGCAUCUUCGAGCCGAUGAUGGGCGAAAAGUCCAAGUCGAUCCUCGCCGGUGAUCACACGCGGUCCAUCGCCGUUUCUACCCCCACCAUUGGCGGCCUGAUGAAGUUUGCCGUGCGAAAGCUCACAUGCCUCAGCUGCAAGAUUCCCCUCAACGAUCAGGACAAAACCGUCUGCAGCGAUUGCAGCCACCUGGAGGUGGAGGUCUAUCAGAAGCAACUCCGGGUGGUGGACGAGCUCCAGGGGAAGUUCACCCGCCUGUGGACCCAGUGCCAGCGUUGCCAGGGAUCCCUCCUUACCGAGGUCCUUUGCACGAGUCGCGACUGCCCCAUCUUCUACAUGCGUAGCCGCGUCCGCAAGGACAUCCAGGAGGCCACGGCCACUCUGCGCCGCUUCGAUCUUUCAUGGUAA